ACGUCCUCAGUCCCGACACAACAUGUCCGCUCCAGACUGGGUGACUCCCGACGUCAUGGAGAAGCUCAAGUUUCUGAAAGACUUUGGAUUUCAGCUCCUAUUCGGGGUUUACGAACAGCAGGAGAAGAGUCGCCUGCAGGGAGGCCUCCUGCUGGGGGAAAUUGUGAAGAACCUCACCAAGAUGGCCGCCCCACGCCCACAACAMCAGUUAAAACUGAUGAUGCUCUCGGCGCAUGACACAACUGUAGUUGCUCUUCAGGCCAGCUUGAAUGUGUUCAACGGAAAGCAGGCGCCUUACGCCUCCUGCCASAUCAUUGAACUGUACAGGGAAGACGAUGGAUCUGCGUCCGUGUCGAUGUUUUACCGCAACGACACCAGCGUGGAGCCGUACCAAGUCCAGCUGCCAGGUUGUGCUCAUGUCUGCCCCCUAGAGGACUUUGUGAGGAUCACAAAGCCGUUCAUCUCAGACGACAGGGACAAGGAGUGUCAGCUGCCGUCAAAGGGGAGAGACAGACAAGUGAUCAUCGGCCUGGCCUUGUCCGGCUGCCUGCUCCUCGCCCUCAUCGCCGUCCUCCUCGGUGUCAUCUGCCGACACAAGGAGUCCAAUAGCAACAGGGGAUAUCAUCAUGUGAUCAACCAGGAAGCCGGAGAGGAAUCCUGACAGAGGCGCAAGCUACUGCUUCAGGGAUCGACGAGCUCUGGCUCUUGGGACAGCAGCAGCGAUGAUGAAGAAGAAGAACUUUAAAUGACGAUAAUCUUUGAAUUAUCGGUACAUUUCACUGUGCCUUUGCACACUGCAAAAAUACAAAAACAUACCAAGCAUUUUUGGUCGAGUUUUUAUUGCAAAUAUCUUAGUACUCUUGAAAUAAGACAAAACUAACUUGUAUAUAUCCUUUCAGCAAAAUAUGAGCUUUUUUUAAACUCAAUAAUUCAUUAAUAUUGAUUAAAAAGUUCUGGUUCCACUGGCAGAUUUUACUCAUAAGGCAGUGAAAUAUCUUGCUAUAAGUGAAUUUAUCUGCCAAUGGAAAUAGAACAUUUUCAUCAAUAUUAAAGGAAUUAUUGACUUAAAAGAAACUCCUAUAUUUUCCUGAAAGAUAAGUUAGUUUUGUCUUAUUUCAUGUGUAUUAAGAUAUUUGCACUAAAAACUGGACCAAAUAUCCUUGGUAAGAUUCAUUUUUUUUGCAGUGGGAUACUGUGAAAGUGUUUUAUUCUUGGAUGUGAGUUUUGGGCCUCGUUUGGUUGGUAAUUCUAAGGUCUGAUGACCAAGAUGCCUUAAAUAUUUUUUACUUGUAUGUUACGGUACCAUUUUUCAUCGGGUCGUAGCUUUCAACACUCAAUAUUUCAGCUAAGGGUUUGUGAAGUAAUCUGUUUGAUUUACAGCCUUACCACCACACUGGGAAAAUAAAAUUGACGGGCUAAAAAGACUGAAUGACAAGAGUGGAGAAUAAAAUGGUUCUUUUCAACUACGUGUCAUAAACAUUCAGAUUGUACCGUAACAACCGGAAAGCAUUAAUUAGCUUUUUGAUCGCACACUGAAUCACCAGGGUCCUUUAAGAUUAUCAGUGUUUGUUUACGUUAAACUUCCUGUGUCAAAUAAUCUGUCCUAUAUUGUGUUUUCAUUCCAGUUUGAUGUUUAACGUUUACUUUCUAAUCAAAAAUAAAUUACUAUUUUGAUGCAAAGUGUCAAUUUUCAACAUUUAAUGUCCAAGUAGAAGACAGUCUAGUAAAAGUACACAAACUGUUUUUUAAAGAAUGUACUUAAGUACAAAAAGUUAUUUUCACCCUUCUGUCAUGAUUUUUCUCAUUGUGGACUUUGACUGGGCCAAUCUUCUCAUUGCUAUGGUACUUUCUCUGUCUUUCCGUUUACCAAAUAAUUUUAGCUCUUAGCAAAUUCUUCACACCUUCACAUUUCUAGCAGCAUCAGACGUGUUUUCCAGUGAAAAACAGCUUCACACAGGUAGGACAGCAACCCUGCCUGGUCAUGCUCUUCCAGACUCGUGUCCAGUUUCGGUUACGAUGAUCCUCUUAAUCUAAUUAGUCCAUAAAAUCUGCCACAUGACUGACUAUACUGGUGGGAAGAGGUCGGCCCCAGUCGAACUCUGCAGCAGAAACAAUAACGACAUUGUGCAGAGGUUUGAUUUGCAGUUUAUGUUUGACAUUUUAUAUUUACUACUAUUGUCUAAACAGUGCAGUAGACCUUUAUUAAAACAUGGUAGUGCUUUUCUUGCAUACAUCAUUAGUGAUUUGGUUACAUUCAGUAUGGCCACGGAUAUAACCACCAAUACCAUAAAACAACUGAUGGGAAAAUUUAUCACCGCGGUUUCUGUGCGGCAGACAGAUUAAAAACACUUUCACACAAAUAAUACCAGAUUUGCUAGAGAAAUGGUGGCAAAUUAUGCGCACAGACGCAGAAACAUGCAUUUCUCACCGUUGUUAAAAAGCUGGACCCAAACAACGAGAACUUCGGCUCCUUCACUGGAUUUUAAAGUCAGAUAAACUCGGUGAUACAAGCAAUGGAACCUCAAAGCGCAAACAGCAGCAUAAGAAACACUUUCAGUCCAGGCUUUAGGUUUGCUUGACAUCAGCGAGCAUUUCUUAGUAAUUAACCACAGACGCAGUGAUUUUGGUUCAAGAAGUGGGUCGUAAACAACACCACAAAAAAAAAAAAAAAAAAAAAAACAGGCUGU